CCACACCGCCGAAGAGCAGCCGGAGUCGGAGUGGGCAGAUCCUAUAUUUAUAAGCACACCCAACCCUUUCCUUACGAACACACCGCGACAUCGCGACUCUCCUGCGUAGCAGCAAGUUGUGCUCCCAGAAGCUACCUGCGAUCUGGUGGUGAUCGAAGAAGAUGGCGAAGCGCAAGUCGAUGAGCUCCAAGAUGGCGUCCAGGAAGAAGCCGGCGCCCAAGCUGGACAUCACCUUCUGCUGCCCCUUCUGCAACCACCCCGACAGCGUCGCCUGCACCAUCGACCUCAAGCUCUUGGUCGCCAGCGCCAUCUGCUACAUCUGCGAGGAGGCCUACCACACCACGGCGCACUACCUCACCGAGCCCGUCGACGUCUACCACGACUGGAUCGACGCCUGCGAGAAGGCCAACCAAGGCGUCGAACUCCAAGCCCUGGACUCCCACAAACGACAGCGGCGAGUCGGCAGCGACGACGACGACAGCGAUGCCUGAUCGACUGAUCGAGUUUGCUUUCAUGGAUCGAUCGAUACAACGUCAAUCUAGUCCUACGUAGUUUGAUGUUUGAUCGUGUCUCUUGAAACUGUAUUGAUUGGAGCCUGUAGUCCUGAUCGAUCAUAUACCUGUGUUGCUGCGCACUGUGUAGCUCUUGAGUUAUGAUCAUCAGCCAAUCUUGUACGUAUGUACUGAACCUGUGACUGGUUUCGUUGUUGCCUUUUUUUCGACCGACGAGAGUACCUGGUCCUUUUCGAAAUCGAAAGAAAAAAAAGAGCACCUUGUUGUCUUUAGAAAAAAAAA